AUGACACAGACAAAUCGGUCGUGUGUUCUCUUUGGUAGUGGCAAGGUUCGCUUCGAAAAUCGACCCAUCCCGCCUCUUGACGACCCUCACGACAUUUUGGUUCGGAUCGAAUUCGUUGGUGUGUGUGGUAGCGACGUUCACUUCUGGCAGCAUGGCGGUGUCAGCCGUAAGGUCUCUGAGGAGAUGCCGCUGGUCAUGGGACACGAGGCCUCGGGGGUUGUCGAUUCUAUCGGAGCAGCUGUCACCAGUGUCAAGCCCGGAGAUCGUGUCGCCGUCGAGCCGGGAUUUCCAUGCCGAAGAUGUAAGCAGUGCAAAGAAGGACGCUACAACAUCUGUCCGCAGAUGAAGUUUGCCGCCGAUCCUCCUCUCACAGAUGGAACAUUGUGCCGUCUCUUCCGAAUCCCUGAAGACUACGUCUACAAGAUUCCCGAUUGGGUGAGCUUGGAAGAAGCCGUCCUUAUCGAGCCCUUGAGCGUUGCUGUGCAUGGCCUUCGCCUUGCCGAAUUGCGACCCGGUCAGACCGUUCUAGUGCAAGGUUCUGGCACAAUCGGAUUGUUGGCUGCCGCUACCGCGAAGGCGUUUGGUGCCCGAGUUGUUUUUCUCGCAGACAUCAACCAGGCAAAGCUUGACUUUGCCAAAUCUUUUGUUGAAUGCACUACCUUCGUUCCAGAUACCAAUAUCACUCCGGAAAAGGCUGCAACAAGGUUCAUGCAAGAGAUGGGUGUCUCAGAUGGUGUUGACGUUGUUCUGGAGUGUACUGGAGUUGAGUCUUCUGCUCAGACUGGCCUUUAUGCAUGCGGUCCAGGUGCUAUAUACAUUCAGAUUGGCAUGGGCAAGGCAGAGCAAAGGCUGCCAAUUCUAGCUAUUAGUGAAAAGGAAGUUGUCCUGAAAACUUCCUUCCGAUACGGCCCCGGCGAUUAUGAGAUUGCAUUAGAACUGGUUGCCUCGGGUAAGGUUUCGGUCAAGGAAUUGAUCAGCAAUAUUGUGCCGUUCGAAGAUGCUCCACUUGCAUGGGAGAAGACAGGAAAGGGUGAGGGGAUUAAGAAUCUGAUAAAGGGUCCCUUGGACUAA